AUAAUGUCAUUGAAUUGACAAUUACUAUUUUCAUUGUUUUCAUACAUCUUACUUUUAUGAUUUAAAAUAUUUAAACAAAUUAGAAUCUUCUUUAUAAUUGUUAUUGAUUGAAAGGAAAUUAUAUAACUGAUAUAUAGUCUCUAUUCGAUACUAAUAAUUAUGUUAAAGCCCAAAGCAUUGACGCAAGUGUUAAGUCAAGCGAAUACUGGAGGCGUCGAAAAUACACUAUUACUAAAUCAUCAAGGGGCGCUUUUAGCUUAUUCAGGUUAUAAUGACAAAGACGCAAGAGUCACUGCUGCUAUCGCAAGCAAUGUUUGGUCAGCCUAUGAAAAGCAGGGACGUAAUGUAUUUAAAGAAGAUAAAUUGCAUUUUAUAUUCGUGGAUUGUUUAAAUGGAAAAAUUGCUAUAACACAAGUGGCCAGUUUACUAUUAUGCCUAUAUGCUAAAGAAACUGUGGGUUUUGGAAUAUUAAAAGAAAAGAUCAAUGCAUUAGCACAGUAUUUAGAAGGACCGCUAAAGCAGGUUGCGAGUUCAUGAUUAAUAUAUAUUUAUUAUCAUUUAACUGAAAAUACCCACAUGGUUUACAAUGCUAAUCAUUUAUUAAAUAUUUAAGUGGUAUCAUA